CUUGUCAGUCUGCUGUCAGUCUCGUCUCAUCUUGUUUCUUUGAUUUUUUUGUUGUGUAUUUAUUUUUGAUUUAUAAUCAUAAUUAAAUUAUACAUUGGUUACACAGCUAUUUAUCGUGUCACCGAUAUUCCUAUAAGUGCUAAACUUCAGUGCUACACAUAUCUACAAAUCCACAGUGAUCACGAAAAGCUAUUGGUGUUCGAGUUAUUGUAAAAUAGUUUUUAUAAGACAGUGAAAAUGCCAGGCAUUGCAACCAUGUCCCUUGACAAUAUGUUUUGCACCCGCUGUGGUGAAGGUUUUGAGACCAAUAAAAAGAUCGUCAACUCCAAUGGAGAACUCUGGCAUACCAACUGUUUUGUAUGCGCCCAAUGCUUCAGAGUGUUUCCAGAGGGUAUUUUUUACGAGUUCGAAGGCCGCAAGUAUUGUGAACGUGAUUUCCAGGUGCUAUUUGCUCCAUGCUGCGGAAAAUGUGGCGAGUUCAUCAUCGGUCGCGUGAUCAAAGCGAUGAACGCUAACUGGCACCCUGCCUGCUUCCGUUGCGAGGAGUGCAAUGUGGAACUAGCAGACGCCGGCUUCAUCAAGCACGGCGGUCGCGCUCUGUGCCACGGCUGCAACGCGCGAAUCAAGACCGACGGCCUGCAGAACUAUAUGUGCCAUAAGUGCCAUGGCGUGAUCGACGGCGAGCCGCUGCGCUACCGAGGCGAGGUGUAUCACGGGUACCACUUCACGUGCGCCACGUGCGGCGUCGAGCUCGACAACACCGCGCGCGAGGUCAAGCACCGCCCCGGGUACGCUGCCAACGACGUGAACAAUCUAUUCUGCCUCCGCUGCCACGACAAGAUGGGUAUACCGAUCUGCGGCGCUUGCCGCCGUCCCAUCGAGGAGAGAAUCGUAACUGCCCUUGGCAAGCAUUGGCAUGUGGAGCACUUCGUUUGCGCCAAGUGCGAGAAGCCUUUCCACGGCCACCGCCACUACGAGAAGAAAGGGCUGGCCUACUGCGAGCAGCACUACCAUCAGCUCUUCGGAAACCUGUGCUAUGUCUGCAACCAAGUCAUUGCUGGUGAUGUGUUCACGGCUCUGAACAAGGCGUGGUGCGUGCACCACUUCGCGUGCGCGGUCUGCGACGCGCCUCUCAGCACGCGCAGCAAGUUCUACGAGUACGACGAGCGGCCCGCCUGCCGCCGCUGCUACGAGCGUCUGCCUUCCGAACUACGCCGCCGUCUGCGCCGUGCGCAUAACUAUACACUAAAACGCAAUUAGACGAUUGUCAAUUGUUCCGCGUCAAAAAAAACUAAUCUUGCAUUAAAACGUCACAACCCUAUAGCCGCCUAACUAGUGCCGUAGUGCUAGCGGUGCGUCGUAGCGUUGGCAAGUCCUACGAGUACGACGAGCGGCCCGCCUGCCGCCGCUGCUACGAGCGUCUGCCUUCCGAACUACGCCGCCGUCUGCGCCGCGCGCAUAACUAUACACUAAAACGCAACUAACUGGCUGGUUAGGUUAUUUACUCCACGUCAAAAAAAACUAAACUCCGCCGCGCAUUCACUGUUAUUAUGUAGAACGUCACAACCCUACAAGUAUAGUCUCCUAAAGUGCCGUAGUGUAAGCGUUGCGUCGCAGUGCGUCAAGUUCUACGAGUACGAUGAGUGGCCCGCCUGCCGCCGCUUCUACGAGCGUAACGCAAACGCAACUAACUGGCUGGUUGUGAACGAUUGUAUUUUCUUUUUCUCCGUGUCAAAAAAAGUUAAAAGAUCCGCGCGUUAAUAACCGAUAACUGCCCGAAAACAAAAAAAAAACCUAUAACGUCCCUGUAUGCACUAUAUGCGUAGUGACUUAUGGAGGAAAAAUUAUGGAACUCGGCCGCGAUAAAAUUAGUAUAGGACAUGUAAUGACUAACUAAAAGUAACCAACAUAGCGUGCAGAACUGCCAAAUUAAAUGGCAGUGGGCGCGACUCGCUCGCUGAGUAAACAUACUUUAGCAACGCUGCACGAUAAAAGUGCCUUAGUGCUAGCAGUGCUUUCCCGGUGCCUAGAAUCCUUGCAAAGGACAACAAUGUGUGCACUGCACCAAUCCAAGUUGACAA